AUGAACUACACUAUCAUGUGUUUGAAAGAUAAUAGCUUAGAUCUCUCUUAUUAUGUUUCAACAUCAGAAAUGUUUAAUGAUUCUCUUUAUAAGAGUAGCGGAGCAGAACUCAAAUUUAUAAUAAAUAUGGAUGAAUAUCUAAUGGUAGAAAAUAGCAUUCAUGAUAGCAUGACAAUACAAGCUAAAGUCCUGGAUUAUGUAGAUCUAGAGGAAGUACCAGAUAUCCAAAGCAUUGCACCUGAUGCAGAUAUAAGUUAUAUACUUGAAGUUGAUCUAGAAAUUCCAAUAUACUUGUACAAUUACUUUGUAGAUUAUCUAUUAAUUCCAGAAAAGCAGAUAGUUUCAGAAGAUUGA